GGUUUUUCCUUUCACUACACUUGAUUAAGUCUUGAGUGUAUUUACAACCGCGGCAACGCAUUCGAUAAAGGUCACAGUUCGGCUUUCACGAGAAAAUGCAUCAAUAAACAACUCACAGAGAGCAAAGGGUCAAAGCUUUGAUACGGUCCAAUAAAAAACAAAAACCAAGGCCAUGAGGAAAAAAAAUCUUCGUUUCUGAGAAACUCUAUUGAGUCUCUGACCUUAUUUCAAGUGCAAUGAAACUGAUAGCGGGAAAGAACGCCAAAACGUGAAUGAUACAUAAAUAAGGAUCCACAAGUCAAGAAAUCUGGAACAAAGAAGCAAAAACGAUCCAACUCCACGGGGGUCAAUGAUAAGGGAUUGUCUCGGCAAGCCAUUCGAUUUCCAAUUGCACAACAAUCGAACCAAAUCAAACGAGAGGAGAUCAUUAGUCCCCCUUUGUUCUUGGAGCUCAAUUUUUGAGGGUGACGGGUCAUUUUUCUCGAUUCCUCAAGUGAGACAGAUCUCGAUCCCGUUUGGACCGCCCUUCGAUGCUUCCUUCACAUGGGUUCUUUUGACUCGAUCUUUCAAGGGGCCUCCUCGAGAGUGCGUUCCGUCCUCAUGCCAGUCACAGGGUUGCCAAGGCCCCUUUCAAUCCACAUCUCACCUCCCCCAUACUCUACUAUUUGCAAGAUUUACCCCACUUCUCAUCCCCUUAUACCUAAUUACGUUCAAUAUGACAAGUAUUGGAAUGCUAGUGAUAAUGGCCCGGCCAAUAAGUGCUUCAGGAUCCCUGCCUUGCUUGGGAUGUUUUGGAGCUCGCUCGUGGAACUUGGAACGCCCGGGCAAAGUGACGGAAAAGGGAGGCUCCGUCAUGCGAAAUCAUGUGUGGACCAUCAAAUCUACGACGAUGUAAGUCUCACUAUCCUCGUUCUCGUCCUCAUCAUCUUUUUCUUUGUGGUCUCAUCCAGUCUUGGCACAUUUCUCUUGGUUCGGUGAGUGGAACCAGUGGACGGGAUUAAUGUGAUCUUCAUCCAAAUAUCAGGCCACUGGAUUAUCAGUACACGUGUUAUCGUACGAGAAGCGAGAAAGAUAGAGAGUCUUGAGGCGGUAUCGAGUGGGCCCUCUGGUUCCUGGCAUCAUGUUGACGGAAGGGGACAUUGACAGUGUGAUUCAUAAGCUGGCUGAGCACGAUCUCCAGGUGACUUCAGAUGAGGUCUUGGAAUACCAUGAGGCCUUCAGUGAAUUUGAUCGAGACAAGAACCAGAACAUCUCCACCAGCGAAUUGGGAUGUGUCAUGCGAUCUUUGGGUGAAAAUCCCACGAGUAUGGAAUUGGAAGCGAUUAUCAACGAAUUCGAUGAAGACGGCAAUGGUACGAUUGAAUUCCCGGAGUUCUCCAUUAUGAUGGCCCGGAAGGCCAAGGAUCAGCAACAAAAAGAACACCUCCAUUGGCAGGAGACUUUCCGGGUGUUUACCACUCCCAGGGAAUAUCCUAAGACCCCCAAGGAGCUGCAGGAAGAGCAUCCAAUAGUGGAAAGGGUGUUGCCUAUUGAUGAAUUCAGAUAUGUCAUGAGCAGUUUGAACAUCAGUAGCCGACGAAUUGUUGACGCCAGUACCGUGGAUGAGAUGAUUGCGGCCGUUGAUGACGGCGAUGGAAAAUUGGACUUUAAAGAAUUUGUGGAGCUUAUUCAAAAAAGAUGUUAAAACAAAAAAAAACAAAUCAUCGGGGCGUAAUGGCCUGCCCUGGUAGGCAUCUUUCCAAAGCCUCAAAUUUACCUUGAAAAAGGGGUUGUAUUUUUGGCAAAACAUCUGUUUUCAGUUGAUGAAAUUGCCAAAAAGACGUUUUUGGCCCCUUUAUUUCAUAGUAUGUUUAGAUUAUGAUCUGAAUAAAUUUCAAGUCUUC